AUGGUAGAAUGGCUACGGGUUCUGUUCAUGGUGGCAUCCCUUUAUCCGGCAUUAGUGGCCUGCAAACUUCGCCAUUACAAGUUCAAUGUGGUCAUGUUGAAUACCACAAGAUUAUGUUCAAAUAAGCCAAUAGUGACUGUGAACCGGCGGUUCCCCGGACCCACUCUCUACGCUAGAGAGGAAGACAUUAUACUUGUUAAGGUUGUUAACAAUGUAAAAUAUAAUGUUAGCAUUCAUUGGCACGGGAUUAAACAGUUACGCACUGGUUGGGCAGAUGGACCAGCAUACAUAACGCAAUGCCCGAUUCAACCGAAACAAAGUUAUGUGUAUAACUUCACUAUAAAGGGUCAAAGGGGGACUUUGCUUUGGCAUGCUCACAUCCUUUGGCUUAGGGCCACCGUCCAUGGCGCCAUUGUGAUAUUACCCAAACUUGGAGUACCUUAUCCUUUCCCCAAACCCUACAAAGAAGUUGUGCUUAUUUUAGGUGAAUGGUGGAAGUCAGAUGUGGAAAAUGUAAUAGAUGAGGCCAUAGAGUCAGGCUUAGCCCCCAAUGUAUCUGAUGCUCACACCAUCAAUGGCCAUUCCGGCCCUAUCUCCACUUGUUUGUCAAAAGAAGGAUUCAAUUUUCCCGUGGACCCUGGAAAAACGUACAUGUUAAGAAUUAUCAACGCAGCACUCAACGAAGAGCUAUUCUUUAAAAUUGCGGAUCAUAAUCUAACCGUGGUUGAGGUUGAUGCCACCUACGUAAAACCGUUCGAAACAGACGUAGUUUUGAUUGCCCCGGGGCAAACCACAAAUGUUCUCAUUUCCACAAACUUAGGCAUAGGAAGUUAUCUCAUUGUUGCCUCUCCCUUUAUGGAUGCCCCAAUUGCUGUGGACAAUCGAGCUGCCAUUGCUAGUCUCAGCUAUAUCGGGACGACAGACUUAGUCGGAACGAGACUUGUCGCCCCUCCGUCUAUAAACGCCACUUCGUUAGCAACGAAAUUCACCGAAUCUCUCCGAAGUUUGAACUCGAAAGAUUACUUGGCAAACGUACCGAUAAAAAUCGAUCGUAACCUUUUGUUCACUAUUGGUUUGGGAGUGAAUCAAUGCUCCUCUUGCCUCACUGGGAAUAGAGUGGUGGCUGACAUCAAUAACAUUACUUUCGUGAUGCCAAAAACGACCUCUCUUCUUGAGGCACAUUUCUUUAGGGUUAAGGGUAUCUUUACCGACGAUUUUCCUGGGAACCCUUUGAUUUCCUACAAUUAUACCGGAAUGCAGCCGAUGAAUAUGGGAACAAUUGAGGGGACGAAGUUGUAUAGGCUAGCUUACAAUUCCACGGUGCAAUUAAUAUUGCAAGGUACGAGCUUGAUCCUGCCCGAGAAUCAUCCGAUUCAUCUUCAUGGAUUCAAUUUCUUUGUGGUGGGAAGAGGGAUGGGAAACUUCAACGAUGAAAAGGAUUCGAAAAGGUUUAAUCUUAUGGAUCCGGUAGAAAGGAACACGGUAGGGGUGCCUUCGGGUGGAUGGGUUGCAAUUAGAUUCAGAGCGGAUAAUCCAGGGGUUUGGUUUAUGCAUUGUCACCUUGAAGUGCACACAACAUGGGGGCUUAAGAUGGCAUUUGUUGUGGACAAUGGUAAAGAACCUAAUGAGACUCUUCUUCCUCCUCCUGUUGACCUUCCCAAGUGUUGAUUAAAGAAAGAUCAUAAACAAGAUAUACCCUAGGACAUGUUUUUUUAGGGUUUGUUGAUUUUAUUGUGAAGUGGUUGUAUGUUUCUUUAAAAAAUGU